UGGCUGCUGGACACCGACGUCAACAAUGAGGCUUGUCAUAUGUUGGCUGAUGCUCCUUCCGCUUGCGACAGCAGCUCCAAUCAGAGCUCGAAGAGAAAAUGUGGUAACCUUUUUGAAUGAUGCGCUCAGCAAACCCACGAGAAAGACCGUACCUGCAAUUGACACAGCGCACAGAAACCCUCCAAGUGAAACAGAGAAAGAACAAGAUUCUGAACAAGAUUCGGCAGACCUUUCCGAAGAUCAGUCUUUUGAGAGUGCCAGCCAAGAUACAAUUGCAGGUGACGAACCUGCAGUAUCUGAUUCAAGCCUUGGAGGGGAAAGCAAAGAUCUUGACAGUGAUGAGACUCCUCGAACAAAGGAAGAAGCUGAAGCUUCACCUGGCAGACAAAUGGGAGCAAUGCCUGUGAGCAGGAGACGAGUUCAAGAUCAACAAAGUGGAGAAGAUGCUGAUUUGAACAAUGAGGAGGAAGUUACUGAUCGUGUGAACGUGCAGAGCAUGGUGUCUGUCCAAGGCAGCAGUUUCCAGAGGAAAGAAUCCGCUGAAGGAGCCCACUCGUUGGACACAAGCAGAGAACUGGCGGAGCGGCGCAGUUUGGAGAUGACACCUGCUGCGGUCGUCCAAGAAAGAGACGAUGACGGCUCAGUGAUGCAGGAAGUCGGAGCCUCUCCCAGCUGAGUUGGACAAAAGGCAGACUACACCCUGGACUGGUUGCCAGCCAAUCACAGGGCACACCUGGAGACAGACAAGCAUUCAUGCUCACAUUCACACGGUCACGCAGCGGGAACUGAACUGCAGGCCUACACGUGAACCAAAUUUGAUGACUUUUUAUGGCUUUUUUUCUUCAAAAAUUGGUUUGGGUGAUUUUUCUUUAUCUUAAUAACUUGUGCGACAGUAGUCUUUAAAAAGGUGUACACAUUUGCUAGUAGUACAAAGAAUAGAGGAAGACAGAAGACAAGCAGUCUGGACAAAAUGAACUUUUGAUUCCUUCCUGUUUUGCCUACAAAUGUCAUGUAUGCAAAAGUGUAAGCCAAGAGAACAGUUUCGAUGAUUUAUUUUUUUUUUUACCUUGAUACUUAACAUGUUUUCAGUAAUCUUUAAUAAAAUGCAACUUGCCUGAAAAAUAAAAGCAUAAGGGACAAAAUGGUGCAAACCAUU